ACAGAUCUAGGUCUACACAGGUCCAGGUCUACAGAGUCUGACAGGUCCAGGUCUACACAGGUCCAGGUCUAUACAGGUCCAGGUCUGAUGAUGAAGAUGAUGAAGAUGAUGGUGGUCCUCGUCCUCUCCGGUGUCCUCUGUGUCUCAGCUGACGUUCUACAUAAGGACAUUGCUCUCACUGGCUGUUCAGACCCUAAUAAAGAUGGAGAGUUUAUGUACGGACUGGAUGGUGAAGAGCUUUGGUACGCAGACUUCAAGAACCAGAAAGGAGUCGAGCCUCAGCCCAGUUUUGUAGAUCAUAUGACCUACCCAGGAGGUUAUGAAUCAGCUGUGGCUAAUGUACAGAUCUGCAAACAGAACCUGGCAAAUAGUCGCAAAUUUCUGAAGAACCCUCCAGUGAAAUUCGAUGCUCCUUCCAGUCCGGUGGUCUACAGCAGAGACGAGGUGGAGCUGGGAGAGGAGAACACCCUGAUCUGUCAUGUGACUGGUUUCUAUCCUGCUCCUGUCGAAUUCUCCUGGACAAAGAACGGACAGAACGUCACCGAAGGAACCAGCGUCAGCGUUCCCUACCCCAACAAAGACGGUUCCUUCAACCAGUUCUCCAGCCUGGUCUUCACCCCAAAGCUGGGAGACGUGUACAGAUGUUCAGUGGCACAUCUGGCCCUGGACCAACCACAGAGCAGAUUCUGGGAUGUGGAGAAGACUCCUCCCAGUAUUGGACCAGCAGUGUUCUGUGGACUCGGUCUGACUGUUGGUCUGCUCGGUGUGGCUGCUGGAACCUUCUUCCUCAUCAAAGGGAACGAGUGCAGCUGAUUGGUCGGGGCUGAUGAUGUCACUCAGAUGAAUAUUUUCUCUGCUGUCUGUUGAUGAUUUUAAUGUUUUUAUGUCUUUCUUCAUGUUUGGCUGCAGAUUGAAUCCAUUUCUUGUGUAAAAUGCUUCCUGCUGAAAUAUAAUCUGUGUUUAAAUAAAGUUAGUUUGUUUCCUGACAGAAUCAGAUUUAAACUGUUUCUCCAGUCGCAAGAUUUAAUCUGUUUUAAAUUAACAUUAAUUAAUCUGUUGUUGUGGUAAAUAAACAGGAUGUCCCUCGUC